AUGGAUAGUGACACAAAUUCAGAAGACAUGAAUGAAGAAUAUAUACAACAAGUCAUAGCAGAAGAAAUGGAAAUUGACGAACUUGUCCUUGUUGUUGCAAGAACAUCAGUAUAUUAUCAUAAUAAUUUUUUGGUUAAGGAACCAUGUAGAAAUUCACCUCACACUGGUUGGAAAUUUAUGAUGGAAAUUAUGGAUGGAAAUGGUCAACGAUGUCAUGAGAUGUUUCAAAUGGAAAAACAUGUUUUUUGUAAACUGUGUGAUAGAUUGAGAAGUUAUGGACUAAAAUUUAGUAAAGGUGUGAGACUAGAAGAGUCAGUUGGUAUGUUUAUGAUGAUUUUAGGACAUGGUGCAGGAAAUAGAAUGAUUCAAGAGCAUUUUCAGCAUUCAGAUUGUAUUGGAGCAAUAGACGGAACACAUGUUCGAGUUUCACUUCCAGUAGAUAAACAAAUACCAUACAUUGGAAGAAAGGGUUGUCCUACACAAAAUAUUAUGGCUGUGUGUGGAUUUGAUAUGUUAUUCACAUUUGUAUGGGCGGGUUGGAAAGGAACAGCACAUGAUACUCGUAUAUUUCUUGAAGCAUUAAGAAAUACACAUCUUAAUUUUCCUAAACCACCCAAUGGUAAGUAUUACUUAGUUGAUGCAGUGUUAUUGAACGUUGUUUUGGUGUAUGGAAAGCACGAUGAGAAAUUUUUGCAACGAAUGCCAAAUUAUAAGUUUGAUAAACAAGUAGCUAUUGUUACAGCUUCAAUGGCUUUACAUAAUUUUAUCAGGAGAGAGACCAUUAAUGACAUAGAGUUCCUAUCUUGUGAUGAAACAAAUGAUGAUUUUGUAAAUGACGAUGACCCAAAUAUUAACUUAGUAAGAGAUGAGAGUAAAAUAGGAGUUAUUCGUGAUAAAAUCGCAGCUGAACUCAUGCUUAAAUAA